GGCGAGACGUUACCCCGCUACCGGCGACGGAGCGUGACGGCUAUCUGGCCGGCUGCAUUUGAACGCGUGCCGCCGCCGGCGACGCCAUGAAGAGGAUCUUCAGGAAUCUUAAGCAAAAAAUUCUGUUCAAAGAGCUGCCGCCGCCUUAUCGGGAGAGCGAGGAUGUCCCCGGCGAUCCACAGGAAACAUAUGAGCCAAAUCCCAUCCCACCAUGCGAAGUGUUGGACCUGCUAGCCAGCUGCAAGAUCCCGGGCAUUCCGGCCCAAUCCGACGUCGAGUACGCAGAGAUCCAGGAACCGGUCCAGGAGAUGGGUCUGUGGCACUCCACGCCGCUGGCUCAUCGGCACAAGUCCAAGAUAUCGCUCACGUGGGUGCUCAAGGAAAAUGCAGAGAAUACGAAACCUCAGAACGACGUCAGAUACCAGCGCCAAUUCGAAGACCGUUUCAAAACCACCAAGCUACGCGAAACCAGAGUCGUUGGUCGGAACGAGUACUACCACAACCUUCGGUUCCGGAGCGCUUGCGAGGAAUUCGUCAGUCAAGACACGCUGUCAGACGAGACUAGUACUGAGGAGUAUGUGAGGAGAAAACACAGGCAUAGGCAUCGGAGGAAGAAGAGGAAUCAGGAGCGGUUCGGAUACGAUAUCAGGGAUUUGGACAGCUUCCUGAGUGAGGCAUCAAUAGACCGUCCAGGCAACAUUCCAGUAGUGAUAGCAUAUCCAACAACGCUGUACCAAACCCAGAAAGACCUACAAAGGGAGCUCACGCUGCCGCUCGGUACGGUGGUCAACGCGGUGUUCAAAAACAAGCAGUGGCUGUACGUGCAAACACCACACGGGGAUGAGGGAUAUGUCAUGUACAGCGCGUGUCUGCCGCUCGGGAUACUGCCUAAUAGGACGUCCCAAAAGAAGACGCCAUGCUGGGAAAGCAGCACUGACAUCUACCCUCGACCCUGCGGCAAUCUAACCGACAACGAAAAAGAACAACUUCGCACCCGCACCCGCUCCGAAACCCGCUACAAACCGCGCAAGCAGCGCUGCGCGGAAAAGGAUUUUGACUCCUUAUACUUAAGGACCAAAUCCGUCUGCUCCAAUAUAGACAAAAUAGAAAAAAAGUCUACCAUAGACAAAAGAAAAACAAAAAGACAGACGUUGUUAGUAGUGAAUAGUGAUUAUAAAGGAAGUGUGUUGAAUAAAACGUUGACAGUGAGAGAGGGAGAUGUGGUAGUGUUGGUGGAAAGGGGAGAGACUGAUGUGGAUGCGGACUGGUUCUAUGUGAGGAAAAGAGAUGGUAGUCAGGGGUUUAUACCGGCCGUUAUAGCUGGUCAUGGGUAUAUUUAA